CCCUAGGACUCUCCAGGACUCUCCAGGAAGCUACAGGACCCUGCAGGACUCUACGGGACUCUAAAGGACUCUCCAGGACUCUACAGGACUCUGCGGGACUCUCCAGGACUCCCCAGGACCCCCAAGGACUCUCUAGGACCAUGGACGCUAAGGAGCUGGCUUAUCUCAGGAAAAAGAGGACAAAGAGAGAAUGGAAACCGCUGGUGGACCGGAGCUGCACCGACCUGCCCUGGUUCCUGCUCUUCACCGUCUUCUGCGUCGGCAUGGGCAGCAUCUGCGGCUUCACCAUCGUCACCGGCGGUGCCGCUCGCCUCGUCUUCGGAUACGACAGCUACGGCAACACGUGUGGUCAACGCAACGAGCUGAUCGAAGGCGUCCGGCUGAGCGGCCUCGACCACACCGACAGGAAGUUUGUCUUCUUCCUGGACCCCUGUAACGUGGACAUUGUCCAGAGGAAGAUCCGGUCUCUGGCGCUGUGUGUGUCUCUGUGUCCCCCCGAGGAACUGAAGACCUACCAGGACCUCAAGAGGUUCGCCAUGCUCAACGGUUCAGAGUUGUGUUCCUACGAGUUAGCAGGUCAUAAAUAUCCGGGUCUCCCUGAGAGGUUCUCCAAAUGUCCCAAACUUCCUGUUCCACCCAGUAAGCCAUUGCCGGUGUUUAACCGCUGCACUCCGGUGGAUAUUUCCUGCUAUGCGAAGUUUGCAGAGGCAGUCGUGACGUUUGUGGGUGAUAACAGCGUUCUGCACCGACUGAUCGCCGGUGUCGCCGCCAGUAAAGAGAUCAUCAUCGGACUGUGUGUGCUCGCUCUGGUCCUCUCGAUGAUCCUCAUGGUGAUCAUUCGUUACAUCUCAGCCGUCCUUGUCUGGAUCCUCACCGCGCUGGUCGUCCUCGGGUCCCUCGCGGGGACCAGCGUCCUCUGGUGGCUCUACAUUGACCACCGGCUCUACGGAAAUGACACCACCACUAAAGUGAAGGAGGAGGUGGAGGUCGUCAGAGACAGCGGACAGGCGCUGCUCGUCUACGCCGCCGCUGCCACCGUCUUCACCAUCAUCCUGCUGCUGCUGAUGCUGUUCAUGAGGAAACGAGUGGCGCUGACCAUCGCCCUGUUCCACGGCGGGAAAGUCUUCAUCCACCUCCCCCUCCUCACCCUGCAGCCCUUUGUCACCUUCCUCGCCCUCCUGCUCUUCUGGAUCUACUGGAUCCUGGUCCUGCUCUUCCUGGGAACCAGCGGGAACCCAGUCCAGAACGAGGAGACGGAUCUGACAGAGUUCAGACUGACGGGUCCUCUGCAGUACCUGACCUGGUACCACGCUGUGGGUCUGGUCUGGAUCACAGAGUUCAUCCUGGCCUGCCAGCAGAUGACCGUGGCCGGAGCCGUGGUCACCUACUACUUCACCAGGGACAAGAACCGGCUCCCGGUGACCCCGAUUCUGUCCUCCAUCCUGAGGCUGGUCCGGUAUCACCUGGGAACGGUCGCUAAGGGAGCCUUCAUCAUCACCCUGGUCAAGAUCCCUCGACUCAUCCUCAUGUACAUCCACAACCAGCUGAAAGGAAAGGAGAAUGCGUGUGCUCGCUGCCUGCUGAAAACUUGUAUCUGCUGUCUGUGGUGUUUGGAGAAGUGCCUCAACUAUCUCAAUCAGAAUGCAUAUGCAGCCACGGCCAUCAACAGCACCAGUUUCUGCACGUCUGCACGUGACGCCUUCGUGAUCCUGGUGGAAAACGCUCUGCGCGUCGCCACAAUCAACGCCAUUGGAGAUUUCGUGCUCUUCCUGGGGAAGAUCCUGAUCGUAACAACGACAGCGUUCGCCGGCGUCCUCCUCCUGAACUACCAGCGGGAUUAUGCCGAAUGGCUGCUGCCGCUGAUCAUCGUGUGUCUCUUCUCCUUCCUGGUGGCUCACUGCUUCCUGUCCAUCUUUGAGAUCGUGGUGGACGUCCUCUUCCUCUGCUUCGCCAUCGACACCAAGUACAACGACGGCACUCCGGGGAAGGAGUUCUUCAUGGACAAAGCUCUGAUGGAGUUCGUGGAGAGCAGCCGGCGGUUGGAGCGGGCUGAGCGUGGGCGGAGCCGGGUGAAGGAAGCGGUGUCGGAGGGAGCGGAGAUGAAGCCCAUGGUGAGUGACAGCGGAGGGGGCGUGGCCAGGCGGAUGAGCUCAUCGUCAGACGAGGUGGGGGUGGGGCUGGACGGAGGCGGGGGAGAGUGGGAGGACCUUCAGGAGUUCCAGGUGUACUACCUGCUGGUGGGGGUGCUGGUGGACUGGGUGCUGACGGAGCAGAGCGGCUUUGUCCUCUGUCUCAGCGAGGACGUCGUCCUCUUCCUCUGCGUCUACCUGCCCACCUCCACCCUCUUCCUGUUCGUCAGCCUUCUGCAAGCGCCAAGCCCCGCCCCCUCCACCCCCUGCACCAAAUCAGCCGCCGUCAUCGCCGCAAGCUAACACACAUGUGCUAACAGACACGUGCUAACUGAUGCAUGCUCAUCGAGGUGCUAACAGAUGUGCUAACUGAUGCAUGCUCACCGAGGUGCUAACAGAUGUGCUAACUGACGCAUGCUCACUGAUGCACACUGUCCCGAGCAUGCUGAUUGGAUGAACACUGAUGCAUGCUAACCUGACUCAUUCCCUUCAUCAUCAUCAUCAUCAUCAUCAACAUCAUCAUCAUCAUCAUCAUCAUCAAGGCUGCUUCUUCCUCAACAUCUGGGAUCAAAUUCCUCAUUGACUUUCAGUUUAUUUGUAAUUUAUUUUUUUACUUUUGUAUAUUUUAUAUUUUAAGUUAUUUUGCAGCUGUUUUUUCUGUUCGGCCUUAUUUUCUCACCGCGGUGCUUUCAAGGACUCCGCAGAUAAUCUGAUAACUCGGUUACGGAGGAUGCUUCAGGUUUGUGUUUACAUAUACAUUAUCUUUCUGAUUCUGGUUCAUUACGAUAUUCAUUUAGAUCCUGCUGCUCUUCCUUUCUUUGAGUCUGGGGGUCUUUUUUUGAGUCUAGAUCAGCAGUCAGCCAACUGAGGCUCUUUAGCUCCUCCAGUGGCUCCCUGUGGAUUUAUAAAAAUGGAAAUUAAUAACUGUUUUUUGUUAACAUUU